UUGCCUGUUUCCACAAGUGAAAAAGGAUAAUGAGUUGUGGGAGUUGAGGAUGAGGAGGAUGAUGCCUGAGCCCGAGAAAUGAACGAGAAGCUUAGACUGUGACCCCGCGCGCGCGCUCUCUCUCUCUCUCUCCGACGCUUGCAAUGACAACCGUCUCAGACUUUCGGUGUUUAGCUUAUAGUACUAGUAAGAGUAGUCAAUGUCUAUUAUUUCCAGCUACGAAUUGCCAAAGGAAACCCUUGAAGUUGCCGUCGUCGGCUCGUAUCUACUUUGGCCAUUCUAGACUCCCCAUCCAUUUCACCCGAAGCAGCAGCAGAAGGAGUCCAUUUCGAUUUCGAUGUUCAAUCGCGGAGGAGUCCACAAUUGCUCCUUAUAAGGUCGGUGGUGUCGAAAGUCAGAGUGUGUUGGAUUGCGUAGUCAUCGGCGCCGGUAUCAGUGGGCUCUGCAUUGCCCACGCUUUGGCGACUAAGCACGCCGAAGCCCCAGAUUUCAUUGUGACGGAGGCAAGAGAUAGAGUCGGCGGCAACAUCACCACUGUCGAGAAGGACGGCUUCCUCUGGGAAGAAGGUCCCAACAGCUUCCAGCCAUCCGAUUCCAUGCUCACCCUCGUCGUUGAUAGUGGUUUGAAGGAUGAUUUAGUGUUGGGUGACCCUAAUGCACCGCGUUUUGUAUUGUGGGAUGAUGAAUUAAGACCGGUACCCUCUAAGCUAACAGAUCUGCCCUUUUUUGACUUGAUGAGCUUCGGUGGGAAAUUCAGGGCAGGCUUUGGUGCUCUUGGCUUCAGGCCUCCUCCGCCAGUUUGUCCUCCUGACCUUAACUUUCUUUUUUUUCCUUCUCCGCGUUGGAGUCUUAGUCUAAGGUUACAGGGUCACGAGGAAUCUGUGGAAGAGUUUGUGCGCCGUAAUCUUGGUGAUGAGGUUUUUGAACGCUUGAUAGAGCCAUUUUGUUCAGGUGUUUAUGCUGGUGACCCAUCGAAGCUGAGCAUGAAAGCAGCCUUUGGAAAAGUUUGGAACCUAGAGCAAAAUGGUGGUAGUAUUUUUGGUGGUGCCUUCAAAGCAAUCCAGAAGAGAUCAAGCAGUCAGAGACCGCCUCGAGACACGCGUCUACCAAAACCAAAUGGCCAAACAGUUGGAUCAUUUAGGAAGGGUCUGUCAAUGUUGCCUGCUGCAAUUUCUGCAAGGUUGGGUAGCAAAGUGAAGUUGUCUUGGAAGCUUUCAAGUAUUCUGAAACUUGAAAAUGGAAGGUACAGUUUGACAUAUGAAACACCAGAAGGAUUGGUUUCUCUGCAGAGCCGAAGUGUUGUCAUGACUAUUCCAUCUCAUGUGGCUAGCAGUUUGUUGCGCACUCUUUCAGCGAGUGCAGCAGAUGCAUUAUCAAAACUCUACUACCCCCCUGUUGCAGCAGUAUCCAUUUCAUAUCCCAAAGAGGCCAUUCGUACUAAAUGUCUCAUAGAUGGUGAACUGAAAGGAUUUGGUCAGUUGCAUCCACGCAGCCAAGGAGUUGAAACUUUAGGAACUAUAUACAGCUCCUCUCUUUUUCCUGACCGAGCACCGCCUGGAAGAAUCUUGCUCUUGAACUACAUUGGAGGAGCUACUAAUCCUGAAAUUUUGUCGAAGACAGACAGUCAGCUUGUGGAAGCAGUGGACCGUGACCUGAGAAAGAUGCUAAUAAAUUCGAAUGCAGAUGACCCACUUGUUUUGGGGGUGAAAGUCUGGCCGCAAGCCAUUCCUCAGUUCCUUGUUGGUCAUUUUGACAUCCUGAAGGCUGCAAAAGUUGCUCUCACUAGUGGUGGGUUCAAAGGGCUUUACCUUGGGGGCAAUUAUGUAUCUGGUGUGGCCUUGGGCCGAUGCGUGGAAGGUGCUUAUGAGGUUGCAAAUGAGGUAACUGGUUUUUUGUCACAGUUUUCGUACAACUAAUCUGAUGAGUGGCGGAAUUUUGAAAGUUCCUGUCAUUGGGUUGAAGUGGUGAUUGACGGGAAUGGGCAGGGAUUUGUCCUCCGGAUGAUGGCCAAAGUUUGGGGUGAAUGUAGUAUUUUUCCCACUUUUGAUUUGUUUCUGUUAUUCGUUCAUGUGACAGUUUUUAGUGAGAGUGAUUAAGAAAAUAGGUGGGACUGGGAGGAUGCAAUUUGGGUGCAAGUAAUAAUUAAGAUGAGCCAAACUUGUUCUUUGCUCUUGGCCAACCGACCAUGGCCGUGGGUUGGCCUAAGUCGAAAUUAAAAAUCAUGGUUGAUCUGUC